UAUUGUAUACUGGUUCCCGGUCCCAUAAAAUAUACAUUCGAAGUCGGAAUGAUGAUGGAGGGACUGGGAACCAGCCUAGAGUCAUUGUCAUGGCGCCCUCUUCAGACCAUGCAUAAGAGCAUGGUUUGUUUGAAUGGUACCCGCGCUCUCGCGUCACUCGCAGCUUGCUAGAUAUUCUGCCGCAAAGUUCACUGACCGGUACACCUGAUAGCAAAUGAUGACGUUAUCACGCAAGGAUGACAAAACUCCCGUGCCUAUUCCGAAAGUCAAUCCGUCGUUAUAGCAGAAAAUAAUUUUCAUAAUUGCCACUUCUCCACGAAUCUUCCAGCUGCUUCGUGUCGCCUGUCUUUCCGAAAAAAUUAAUUGAAAUUAUCAUUUUGUGAUUGGCAACGCAAGGGCGGAAUUGAGUGGAGAAGUACGCUGAUGCUGGACUUCUGCUGAAGAUAAGAUUGGUAAUUUCCCUCUGGAGCAGAUAAUUGACAGUUAUUAUGACACCACCUCCGGAAUAAAAAUCCUUCGUGGCUUCUUGAUAUUCAUCAGCGGAAUAAAAGAAAUUGAACGAUGAUAUCAGUGGUACUGUGGUUAUCAUGAUUCCAAAGGACUGCUUACACAAGACAAUUCGGAGCUUACUUAAGCAAAGUGAAACGGCUGAUUCAUAAGAAUUCGGCCCAUACUGAUGAUGUCCCCUACGCUUGGCAUAAACGUGGCUUUGAUGUGUUAGGGACAGGAAAAAUGACACUAAUUCUCCAACGCUCUCUGCAGAGAAUAGAACUUUGGGACAAAACACCGAAACGUCUUCAAUCGGUAAAACUGCUUAAUCUUCCCGGAGUGUCUGCUGGCAAAUAAUCUACCUGAUGAGUUACCAUCUUGGUUCCUUUGUUUCAGCAUGAUAAUGAAGUUUUUAAAAAACAGCUACUUUGUGCAAGAAAUGUAGCAUGUCUGCCAACACGUUGAUGGUAACAUCCAUUGGUGGACGAGCAGUCCUGCAAGCUAUUACCAAGUCAGCAGCUGACAAACUCAUCUUAAUGAUGCAAAUUGCUGGUGGAAUUCACUGCAUCAUGUGACAAACUUGGAAUUUUGUGACAGUUUGAAAUUGUGACUUUUGUUUACUUUAAUUGCCCAGUCGCGAGGUUCACAGUUUGUUUUCAAAAAAAAAUAUUGCCAGCAUCAUCAACAUAAUUACACCAAGUCUUUGUGCGGUACUAUACAUUGUUUUACCACACGCAUUCUUUGUAGGCCUAAACGUCGAGGGGAGCUACAUAAUUCAGAACAAUCUAACUUGGAUGGAAGUUUGAGAUUUGAACAACUUUGAGUAUAGACAAGGAACAUGGAUCGGUCUUCUCUGGGCGGUACAACAGCCGCUCCGGCGAGUAUUGUGAGUUCGAGUGACGGAGUUCUGCUGGUGAUCUACGCGUUCAUCGGCGGCAUAGGCAUGGUGGGUAACGGUCUGGUCUGCUUGAUCUUCACCGUCAGACGCCAAGCCUUCGGCUCCGUCACCAAUCUCCUUAUAUUAAACCAAUCCAUGAUAGACCUGGUCGACUCGGUGCUGUUUCUUAUUCUACGAUUUGGUCCCCAGUUUUCUAGUCUUUCGGGCGCCAACGGCAGCGUCUGGAGCGAACUGGUCUGCCGGCUGUGGUUCUCCGAGUACAUCAUGUGGUCGCUCUUUAUCGCAUCGACUGUUAACCUACUCUUCGUGACGCUGGAGCGAUACUUCGCCAUCUGCCAUGCCGUGCGUCACCGGUCUCUCUUCACCGUUCGGCGCGCAAACAUCGGCCGCGGCUUGGUGUGGUUGAUAGGCUUCAGCUACCAGUCCUACUGGGCGGUGUUACAUCGUGUGACUGCUGACGGUGAGUGCUACGCGGUCUGGCCCAGCCUUACCGUCCAAGCCUUCCUUGGCACUGUGUUCUUCUGCUGUGAGUACCUCAUCCCCCUCAGCAUCAUGACGUUCAGUUACAUCAGCAUCAUCGUCAUGCUUCGCAACAGAUCAAGACGCACCAACGCCAACACAUUCCAGAGGACCAAACGUAACGUUACCCUAACCCUGUGCUUCGUGUCGGUGUCAUACACUGUGUGCUGGACGCCGACCGAAUUCUCCUACCUCAUGUACAACAUGGGCCACGAGUACGACUUCAGCAGCUCCACGCACUACAUCUUCACCGUGUUAGUCCUGCUCAAUAUGUGCAUCAAUCCUCUCAUCUAUCUAAUCAAGUACAAGCGUUUCCAAGUGGAACUGAAAAAGAUCUUUUUCCGUCGAUGUUGCGGGUAUAAUCGGGUGGACUCCCUCCCUGGCCCGACCGGCACUGCACUGUCCGUUGUGGCCGUAGCAUCCGGGGGACCGUGGGGCGUGGCGCCACUGUAAUAACAAACGCAUAUGUGACACUAUCU